AUGGUAGUAGCCACCGUCAACCUCAGUGGCAGGCUUGCCCACAACCGUGCAGUCCGGACUAAACCGAAACAGAAGCAAUUCAACCGACGGGAAUUGCAGUUCGAAGCAGCACGGUGUGCGGUGACUAAUCUGUUCCUCCUCAACCUCGACACACGACUGGACGAGCGAACAACCACCGCCGCAGAAUUGGCGACCGACUUUACCAAUGCUCUCCUCGAAGCAGCGCGAACGGCCCUGGGGGAGGAACCGCGUAGACGCCGCACGCAGGAGUGGUGUGAGACGCCAGAGACGCGAGCAGCGCUGGAGCAGGCUCUUACCAAAUGUCGGGAAGCGCGCCGGGCAAUGAGGGGCAACUGGAACUCAGCAACGUGGAGGGUUCUCAAAGCAGCGUGUACGGGAGUGGCUACAGCAGUCGAAACGGGCAUUAAUGCCCACCUGGACGGAUAUGUGACUGAACUCGAAGCAAUCUACAAAGAUCGCGACACGCGAGGACUGUACCAAUACCUCAAGAGAUCAGUGGGCCUCAGCGGGAGACAAGCGGGGGGACAGGACGAGAUCCUCCAGCGGUGGGCGAAAUUCUUCAGCACCCUGCUCAACACCAAAUCCCCCGCCCUGAACCCAGACAUCAUCGAACGAGUGACGCAGCGGCCAGCGACACGUGACACUCAACGGUUGGGAGAUGUGCCAGAACUCGAGGAGGUGGCACGGGCAACGAAAGGCCUCAAGAACUGGAAGGCACCCGGCCAUGACUCCCUCCCUGCCGAGUUGCUCAAGAUCGAUGACGACGAACCCUUCGUCCUGGGACACCUCCAUACCAUCCUCGUCAAGGUGUGGAACGGAGAAAAUAUUCCGCGAGAGUGGAAGGAUGCAACCAUCAAGGUGCUGUACAAGAAGGGUGACCGGUCCAACUGUAACAACUACAGGGGGAUUUCGCUACUAUCUCACGUAGGCAAGGUCCCCAUUAAGAUCAUCACCAACCGUCUAAGCGCCUUCUGCGAAGCCAAAAUCAUCCUCCCGGAGGAACAGUGCGGAUUUCGACAGGGCGAUCCACCGUGGACAUGCUAUUCGUCGUGCGCCGCCUCCAGGAGCUGGGGCGGAGAAAGAAAAUACCGCUCUACAUGUGCUUUGUCGACUUGACUUGAAGGCGUAUAAUUCGGUGGACCGAGAGAUGCUAUGGA